AUGACGAUGGAAGCCCGUCACAAACGUAUGCUAGAGGAAACGCUCAAGCUGCCUGGUAACGAUACCUGCGCAGAUUGUCAUGCACCCGCACCGAGAUGGGCUUCAGUCAAUCUUGGUAUAUUUCUGUGCGUAGGUUGUGCGUCGGUACAUAGAAAGAUGGGAACGCACAAGAGUAGAGUCAAAUCCGUCACACUCGACACUUGGACUCGAGAACAAAUAGUUCACAUGAAAGAAAUCGGGAAUCAAGCCUCCAACGCCAUUUUCAAUCCCAACGAGAAACUACAUCCUCCACCUCCAUCCUACGGGCACGACGAGCGAGAUUCCGAAAUUGAGAAGUAUAUUAGAAAGAAAUAUGAAAUGGGCGCAUUCAAAGUCGGACAGAAACCCUCUUCUAUGUACGAACCUACAUCGUUGAAUAGAGCUAGGGAGAGAGACAGUAGAAUACCUUUCGGUUCCUUGGGCCAAAGCGGAACGAACACUAGAAAUCCCGAAUUAAACGAUAUUGUAUCGUUCACUCAGAAGCAUAAUCCAUUAUUAGUGGCCAAUUAUAAGGAAAGGGAUUUGCCUGCUUUACCAAUCGGUCAGGGUACAAGCACGUUCCCAGCAAGACAAAGACCUAAAUCAUCAAAUGAUCAAAAUGUACCUGCACCAUGGGCUACACCAUCGACUAAUUCCGGUAGUACACCCUCUCCCUCUCCCCUUCCUCAAUCGCAAGCCGCUCCCGUGAAGGAAAUCAAUCUGAUUGAUUUCAAUAAUAAUCAAACGCAAAAUGCGACGUUACCUUUACAAGUUAAUAUGAAUAGUCAAAAUCAAAACCAGAAUGGAUAUUUGAUGGCGAAUCAACAACAACAAUCGGGGAUCAGCAAUGGAUUUUCAAGUUCACCUAUACCGUCUCACGGAUACAUCAAUACUAACAUAGGAUAUGGAUCUCAACCACUUAUCAAUGGAGGAAUGAAUCAGAUGAAUGGAUAUCAAAAUGUGAAUGGCUUCAGCACAGGUAGUACAACUUCAAGUCAGAGUCAAGGUCAAAGUUUAUCACCUCAAUCGCAGAUUGGUGGCUAUAGCAAUAUGGUAACGGGAUUUUUAACACCUACUUCGACACCCAGUCCUAAUUUCUCAAGUUCACCUUCUUUCGCACACCAACCUCAAAUGCAAUUUGGUCAACAACCACAACAGCAACAACAAACGUAUAAUUCUUAUCAACCCCAGCAACAACAGACUUUCGCUCAGCCUCUACCUCAACAGUCAUUUGUUCCUCAACACCAACAGCAAUAUCAGUAUCAAAUGCCCAUACCACAGCAAUAUGGUGGUGGAAUGCCAAUGAAUGGUGCUGGUGGGAAUGGGUAUAUGCAGACUAAUAGUGGGAUCAUGAUGCAAGGUAUGGGAAUGGGACAUUGA